CAAAAUUAAAAAAAGUAAAAUAAGAAAGAAGGAAUGCUUUCAGCCUCACCUGCCCGCAAACUGCCUUGCUCAUGGCCAUGGCGAGGGAAUGUCAAUACGUAAGCAAAUUGAAUUGCAGCCCCGGGCAGAGUGUUCCCAGUGUGAGAGUUGGGACUUGGGGGAGGGUCAUAUUUAUAAGCAGCUUUUCCCUUGCUUUUUUGCAAAGAGAUUGUUUCUACAUGUUGAACCUGUGACCUUCUAGUCACAAAGAGGAGUAACCUUACCAUUGAUAUCAAGGCUCACCAUCUUAUUGAUGACAAACCAUAGUAAUAUUGAGGACUAUAUUGGUUUUCAUCUUCAGUUGAUUUUAGCACAGUUGGCUCUCCAAUCAGGAAACUUUGUUCAUUCUGUUAAAUGCCUGCCAGUUCUUAUUUGCAAAUGCAUGUGAAUGCUGUUACACAGUCUUUUCCUUCUUCUUCAAUUUCUGGUAUACACAAUCUACCACAUGAUGCUGAAGUCUCACGUAUCACAAGUGCCGAUUCAGUGCAUGGGCACUCAAACUCUUUGUCAGAUGGAUCAGCAGUUUCUAGGGUCAUCAAAGAUGUACACAUAUCAGCACAGUUGAUAGAAGAUUUUCUUGCACUAGCCAGAGACAACACAAACAAUGAUUUGGAGACCUGUGGGGUGAUUGGUGCAUUUCUGAGAGGAGGAACUUUCUAUGUCACAACUCUGAUAAUACCCAAGCAAGAAUCUACUUCCAGUUCUUGUCAGGCUCUAAAUGAGGAGGACAUCUUUGCAAUACUAUCUGAGCAAUCCCUUUUCCCUCUAGGAUGGAUCCAUACACAUCCUUCUCAAAGUUGUUUCAUGUCCUCAGUUGAUUUGCACACCCAGUAUUCAUAUCAGAUAAUGGUACCAGAGGCAGUUGCAAUUGUGAUGGCUCCCACCGAUAAGUCAAGGGGCUAUGGAAUCUUCAGGCUAACAGAUCCUGGUGGGAUGGACAUCCUCAAGGAAUGCCAAGAGAAGGAAUUUCAUUCUCAUAGAGAACCAGCUGGUGGGAGACCCUUAUAUGAGCACUGCUCCCAUGUCUUUGUUAAUCCAAAUCUCAUAUUAGAAAUAUUUGACUUGCGGUGAUCAAAUUAAUGGUCAAUGCUGCCGCCGCCUGGCAACAUAUAUAAUGGAAGGCUUUUCCGGCUUAUAAUAGGAGUGUAUUUCUUUGACUUUCACUGCCCAAAUAAAUACAUGAGAAACUGUAUUAUUAUAUUAGACUCAGGUUGUAUUUCUUGACAAAUAAGAUGUUUGUUGACCUUUGUUUCAAAAGCUUGCUAUAUAACACUGCCUAAGGGCCGUUUGAAAA